CGUCAUGUAGACGGAAAUUGCGUCACUUCUCUGCCAGAGCGGGAUACACAAGACUGCUGUACUGUACUGUACUGUACUGUUAGCGGGUCAUUGUGCGCUGCAGCUCGGCGCUGUCUCAGCGGCAGCCUGAGGCCUCAGGUCAGUAUCGGCACAGCUAUUGGGACCUGCCGGCCAUGCAAAGAGGGCUGUAGACUCUAGAAUGACUGACACCUGCACAUUAUAUCCACCAGCUACUAGCUCUACCAUGGAGGACCAGAAGGAGAACAGACCCCUCCAUCCUGCAGCCCUGGAGGACGAUCUUUGCAGGAAGGUGAAGAACGCAGAUCUUCUUGGAGGGAGAAGCAGACUGGAAGAACAAGAAGACAAGGUGAUGCUUGCAGCUAAGUCUUGUUCCAGUGACUUCAGUGACCCGGUCUACAAAGAAAUUGCCGUAGUGAAUGGUUGUGUAAACCGAAUGAACAAGGAGGAGUUGAAAUCGAAACUUCAAGAAUCAAAGCUUGACACUAGAGGCGUGAAGGAUGUUCUCAGGAAGCGUCUAAAGAAUUACUACAAGAAGCAGAAACUUACUUGCAUAUUGGCAAAAGACGCCAGUGACACAAAUGCAUACUAUGACUACAUCUGUAUUAUUGACUUUGAGGCCACCUGUGAGGAGGGUAAUGACGCAGAAUACGUCCAUGAGAUUAUAGAGUUCCCCAUUGUCUUGCUCAACACAAGGACUUUGGAAGUUGAAGACACUUUCCAACGUUAUGUAAGGCCAGAAAUCAAGACGCAGCUUUCUGAAUUCUGCAUUAAUCUUACUGGAAUAACCCAGGAUGUUGUAGACAAAGCAGACACAUUCCCUACAGUUCUCCAAAGUGUUGUGAAUUGGAUAAGAGAGAAGGAGUUGGGUACAAAGUACAAAUAUGCUAUCCUUACUGACGGGUCAUGGGAUAUGAGUAAGUUUCUAAAUAUGCAGUGUCAUGUUAGUCGUAUUAAAUACCCUCGCUUCGCAAAGAAAUGGAUCAACAUUCGCAAGAGUUAUGGAAACUUUUACAAGGUACCAAGGAAUCAAACAAAGCUGCUAAUGAUGCUAGAAAAGCUGGGAAUGAGUUAUAAUGGCCGCCUCCACUGUGGUCUUGAUGACUCUAAGAAUAUUGCCCGGAUUGCUAUCCGCAUGCUGCAAGACGGCUGCGAGCUAAGAGUGAAUGAGAGAAUGCACACAGGGCAGCUAAUGACUGUGCCCACCUGCCUUCCAUUUGAAGGAGCUGCCAGUCCUCAAAAUCCACAGUUCAAAAAUUAACUUUUUUAUUUUCUUGUAUAUUUUUAUGUUUGUUUUGCUGUUUUCAGCAUUUUAAGAGCACUUUAAAAUGUUUUUAAAAAUGUACACCAGUCUUUAAUGGCCAGUGUACAUUUGUAUGUCUUGUACGCUGUGGAAAGUGAUCUGAUGUUGUUUCAUGAAUAAUCGUGUAGAAGAUUAUUGAUUUAAACAAUAAAAUUGCCAAAAACAGUG